UAUUAUAAUUUCUCCCUUAGGUACUAUGAAGCUUUUCCACCUCUCUCAGAAAAAUCUGUUUGUCUCCAAGAAAUUAUGACUGUGUGGAACAAAGCUAAAGCCUGCACAUAUUCCAGCUCAUCAUCAUCUGCUGUCCCUCAAACAAGCACAGACACAUCCUCUCCAAAAGACUGCACCAGCGAAGGUGAAGCUUUUAAAGACCGAACAGUUGAUGCACCCAGUUCCAACACCACAAUCAGCGAGAGGGCCCAGCAGCGACGCACAAAGAGGGAGAAGGAAAACCGAUUCCAUGGAAGCGCAACAGGAGUGUGUCACGAUCAGGUUGCUCCUCAUAGUAAGAGACAGGCGAGACACCGGUCUGAGGGGAGGGUUCGUCCCAGAUCGUGGUCCUCUGGCUCUAGUGAGGCUGGCUCAAGCUCCAGUGGUAACCAGGGUGACCAGACCCCUAGUUGCAAAGCAGUGCGCAUAAGACACAAGUCUAGAGAGGUCAGCAGCAGAAAGAAAAGAGGCCACAGUGGUGGCGGACAGGUCAAACUGGCCCUAAAAGUCAUCGACAAAGAAGAGCGGAAAAAUGCACGUGGCAACAUCAGUACCACUGGAGGCCCACCUAAGCAACAGCAGCACUACAUGAAAAAAGGCAAAAGACCUCUGAGGGAGAUCCGCAAAGAUGCUAAUCUGGCUGAGGCACAGGAGUCAGGAGGAGAGGCCAAUAAAAAGGAAUAUAUGGAAGAGCCACUUUGGUAUACAGAGCCCAUCUCGGAGUACUUUGUCCCUCUCAGUAGAAGUAAAUUGGAGACAAAGUAUCGGAGUAAAGAAGACUCUUCCAAUGAUUUAGCUAUGUCCAUUGAUGUUGACUGUCUGUCAGAGAGAAUUCAAGGGGUUUGCAUUGCUAAUUCUUGUUUUCAAAGGGCAUACCUUGCAGCAGGCACUUUUGUGGAUGGUCACUUCAUUGAAGUGCCUGGUGAAGGUGACGAAGAGGAUCCUGAACUGAAUGGGAUUCCAAGCUGCCCUCCUCCUGAAGAUGGUCAAAAUUUAGAUGACGAGCAUCUGUCUGAAUUCACUCACUUCUAUGAAGUUGAUUUUUACCAAUCCAUAUUGGAUCCUAGUGCCUCAGAUGCGGUACCAGAAAGCCGAAUCCUGAACAUGAUUCGGCAGAAGAGCAUUGAGCGAAAACACUUUGAAGCAGGAUGUGUAGUUUUAGAUGGCCUUGAGCUGCAAGGGGAAAGUGCAAUAAGGGUUGAUUCUCUGGGAGCCUCAGAAGCAGAUGUUUCUAUCACACAAGAUAUGGAAAAUAUUGCCCAAGUCUGGGAGUGCUGUUCAUCAUCUAGCUUGGAAGAUUUGGAAGGAGAAAGCUGUCAGGGUGACUCUCCAGUCAGGCUCUCCCCAGUGUUGGACCGUGUUCCUUUUAACUUUAGCAAACUGUCUGGAGCUAUUGUAGGGCAUCAUCUCCAAGAGGCCAGCAGUAGCAUCUCUGCCCUAAACUCCUGUUUUCCGCUUUUUGAGUUGCAGUACGAUAGCCCUACCUUUUCUUUUCCCUGCGACUCUCUUGCGGAGGGUCAGGACAAUGUAGAUUCAAGUAGCUGUUUAGAUCCACAAGGAAACAAACAAUCCCGUUUGCUAAUUUGGACCAAAAACAGUGCCUUUGAAGAAACGGAACACUGCUCUAACUUAUCAACGAGGACCUGCAGUCCCUGGUCCCACUCAGAGGAGACACGGUCAGAUAGUGAACAGAUCAAUGCUCUAGCAGAUGAGUCUGCUCAGUUUGGCAAUGAAGAGGUCAGCUGUAUCUCCCUUAUCCCACCUUUAUGCCUAGAAGAAGAGCUUUUAGAUUUCUUUCAAGAGAACUCCAGUCACCAGCAGGAAGAAACGAGUGUAGGCACAGAGUCCAACCAGCCCUUCAAUAAGAAAUCGAAAUUGGAGUCUGUUUGUGGCAUAGCAUUAGAGCAGGAUGAGAGUAAACUCUAUAAUGCUUUUGUGUUUUCAGAUGUCCCAAAUCAACAAAGUGAUGAAUACACCUCAGGGAUAAUUAAAGACAUUUGGAUGGCUAUUGGAGACAGAGACUGUGUCUUAACACUCGGGGUAAAGAAUACAGGGGAGCACUUGUUUUCAGAUUCUACCAGCUACCAUUGCAGCUGUCUUGACAAGGAUGUAAAAGGUGAAAUUAUUCAAAAGAAAGCUGUGCAGUGUUCAGAGUAUCAUCUUUGGGAUGGGCAGAAAGAGGACAAGGGACUUCCUAAAACCAAGCUCUCUAAAAUGAAUGAUGGGGAUUACACGACACCGGCCAAGCCUUGGAAUUGUAAUUCACAGGACAGCACCUCCUUUAUCCUCGGUGGGGUUUAUGGAGAACUGAAGACUCUAAGUGGCAACAGAGAAUGGGCUAUGAUUCCACCUGGUGAUGCUUGUGGCAGUUUGUUGCAGUGUGCAGCAGCCACAUCUUCUGACAUGGUAACCAUUGCAGGAGCGGAUGUGUUCAUGAACACAAGCAGUUGCUUUGCUCCUGGCCACAAGCCAUUGUGGAGACCCCUUGUGUCCCUUGGCCAAAAUGAGCAGGCUACUAAGGGACCGGGGGAUGGUUUGAAUAAGGGAUUUUCUGUUGUCUUCCAUGAAGAUUUACUUGGAUCGUGUGGAGGCUUCCGUAGAGAAGAGUCAGGACUGGAUUACCCGUUUUCAUCCUUUGAUUUGAACAACCCUUUUUCCCAGGUCCUGCAUGUGGAGUGCUCCUUUGAGCCAGAGGAUAUGGCCUCGUUCAGCCCGGGAUUCAAGCCAAAAUCCAUAUUAUGCUCCGACAAUGAGCCCUUUUGCCCGUGGUUAUAUGGCAUCAACCGGACUCAGUAUCGGGCCAUUCGAAUUUCCCCAAGGACUCAUUUCCGGCCAAUAUCCGCCUCUGAACUUUCUCCAGGUGGGUGCAGUGAGUCAGAUGUAGAGUCUGAGAAAGAGGAAGCGAGUCUUCCAGUUGGUCAAGCAGACCUCUUUGAUGACCCACAGGCUGACCUCAAGCCUCUUGAGGAGGACGCAGAGUGCGAGGGCCCUUACUAUGGAAAAUCUGAGUUGGAGUCUGGGAAGUUCCUACCCAGAGUAAAGAAGUCUGGCAUGGAGAAGAGUGCCCAGACAUCACUCGAUUCGCAGGAGGGUGGGAGCACCCUUCUGCCGAUUACUGAACAAGAGAUUUGCGUACAUUGUGAGACGGCAGCGGUUUCGGUGCCAUGUUCUCAUGUUCAGUCCUCUGUUCUUCAACAAGAGGAAUCUAGCAGAGAGGCAGAGUCCUGCAAAUGCGCUGCAACUGAUCAGAUUCCAAAAAGUGGGAAGUCGCUUGAUGUUGCUCAAGAUAUGCCUGAGGUUCUCAGUGCGGAGGAAGCAGUAAUGUAUGAUUCUUCUGCUGAGCGUGGAGGUAUACCAAUGCUGAUUUCCUCCUAUCACUUUCAACCAAAACACAGAGGAGGGAUAGGAGGACCCUUUCAAGAACAGUGAGCCCAGGGCCCGCAGUGGGCUCUUUCUUAACCACGCUGUUCUAAGCCCUGUUAUUCCUAAAACGGCGCAUCAUCAAGAUGAAAAAAUAACGAGAGGAAAACAUGGCAACAGGUUGAACGUACAGUUAGAUGAUUCUGGUCAACAGCAUUUAUUAUAGACUUGUUUUCAAUCUGUUAAUUCCAAGGUUGAUCAAUUUUGAAAAGAAUAAAAAAGGCAUAGUUAAGUAUUAAGAUUGUUCUUUAAUUUACCCCUUAUAGAUUUUAGCUUCACUUUUAUGUUUGAUCUAGGAUACACUAUAACUGUGGUCCUACUGAUUGUGCAUGUGCUUGUGAACCUAGUCUCAGUCCUUCUAAUAGUCCUAUGAAUACUCAGAAGUCAGGUUGAAAGCACUACGAAUGCGACACCCCCUUCCCUAAUCUGAUCAUUUAGCAUUUUGUCUUAUUUUUUCAUUUUAUAUGAAUUGUAGAGGAUAGAGUUGUGUGAGGUUUGGUGUGUUGAAAGAAAAAGUGCUUUUGCCACUCCCAACCCCCACUUUUGUUCUGUUACAUCAAUUAUUUGUUGAUGUUCCACUUUAGUUCAGUGCUGCUUCGAAAACAUCUUAAAGAAAUAAAGCAGGGUAAUAUGUUGAAGGUGUAGUAAUACAAUAAGCAAACAAAAAAAAAAAAA